AACUGCAUUGCCACUCAUGAAUGCAACGGCAUUGACAUAAUCAUCGCUCUCAUCCUCAAUGACAUCAACCCCCUCGGCAAGAAGAGGAUGGAUCUGGUGCUGGAGCUCAAAAAUAAUGCCUCCAAGCUCCUUCUUGCAAUUAUGGAGAGUCGCCAUGACAGCGAGAACGCAGAGAGGAUCCUGUACAACAUGAGGCCCAAAGAGCUGGUGCGUGAGACCAAAUCAUCACAUGUACAAGGAAAAGUGCAUCUGAGUCCGACUGGAGUAGAAGGGGGAAAGCGGCGCAUAAUAUAAUAAUAAUGCUGUUUCUUGUCUUUUCAGUUGGCGCGUCACAACAAGGAGCUGCAGGCGAUGCUGAAGCCGGGGGGAACGUACGGAGAGGGCGACGAGGCCCUGGAGUUCUACUCAAAACACACGGCACAGAUUGAGAUUGUCCGUCUGGAUCGCACCAUGGAGCAGAUAGUGUUCCCCGUGCCAAACAUCUGCGAGUUCCUCACAAACGAGUCCAAGCUGCGUGUUUACUACACCACGGAGCGCGACGAGCAAGGCAGUAAGAUCAAUGACUUCUUCCUGAGCGCCGAGGAUCUCUUCAAUGAGAUGAAUUGGCAGAAGAAGCUGCGAGGCACCCAAGAGGCAACUGGAGACGCAAACACGGUUCCCUCUCAGCCCAUCCUGUACUGGUGCUCCAGGAACAUGUCCUUCUGGAGCAGCAUCUCCUUCAACCUGGCUGUCCUCAUGAACCUGCUCGUGGCCUUCUUCUACCCUCUGGAGGGCGUCCGAGGAGCCCCCCAGCAGCAGCAACGUGGGCUCCAGACCGACAGAGAAGAUGAGGCGCAGGAUGGUGGAGGCGAUGAGCGCCCGGAUACCGUGAGGCUGAGGAAACACGAUGACGAUGGCCAGAGAAACCAGCAUGGCCAUCCACAGCAGGGCAGAGAGUCCACAUUUGAACAUAUUGUAAUCCAAUCUCUAAAUCCUCUCUUUUUCCAGCUCUUCGAUCUGGUGUACAGAGAGGAGACCUUGCUGAACGUAAUAAAGAGUGUGACCCGCAAUGGCCGCUCCAUUCUCCUGACCGCCGUGCUGGCUCUUAUCCUCGUCUACCUCUUCUCCAUCGUGGGCUACAUCUUCUUCAAAGACGACUUCAUUCUGAAUGUCGACAGGAUACCCAACAAAACACUAGAGCAUGGAGCCAGUAUGGUGGGAGAGUUCUUCUCUGGUGGAGUCUGCCGGAAAGAGAAUGGGGAGAACUGUUCGACAGAGGCUGUGAGGGAAGCUACUGUUGCCAUCCAGCCGUCGGCGGUGGUGAUCGAGGACAAGGAGCGGUCAUGUGACUCGCUGCUCAUGUGCAUUGUCACGGUGCUGAGUCACGGCCUGAGGAGUGGAGGAGGUGUUGGGGACGUCCUGAGGAAGCCAUCCAAAGAGGAGCCUCUUUUCGCAGCCCGGGUGAUCUACGACAUGCUCUUCUUCUUCAUGGUCAUCAUCAUCGUCCUCAACCUCAUCUUUGGUGUCAUCAUCGACACAUUUGCCGACCUGAGGAGUGAGAAGCAGAAGAAAGAGGAAAUCUUAAAGACAACCUGUUUCAUUUGCGGAUUGGAGAGAGACAAGUUUGACAAUAAGACGGUCACCUUCGAAGAACACAUCAAAGUGGAGCACAACAUGUGGCACUACUUGUUCUUCAUAGUCCUAGUGAAGGUGAAGGACUCCACAGAGUACACCGGCCCGGAGAGCUACGUGGCCGAAAUGAUGCGGGACCACAACCUGGACUGGUUCCCUCGGAUGCGGGCCAUGUCCCUGGUGAGCAGCGAUGCGGACGGGGAGCAGAACGAGAUCCGCAGCCUGCAGGAGAAGCUGGAGUCCACCAUGAAGCUGGUGUGCAACCUGUCAGGACAGCUGACGGAGCUCAAAGAGCAGAUGACCGAACAGAGGAAGCAGAAGCAGCGGAUUGGUCUGCUGGGACACCCUCAGCACAUGAACGCCAACCCCCAGCAACCCGCGUAAGGUCGAGUCACGGCUCUGCUAUACAACGCGUACCGCACUGAGUGUAAUCCAUAGUAACGGUAGGGAAACACUGUACCAUAGGUAGUCAUAAGGCGAUGUGUAGCUCUACCCCACGCUAACAAAGUGACGCUCACUCACCUCGUUCUGUUCAGUCCGGUCGGAAAAACGGUGCCAAAAGUUUUCUACGUAGAAAAAAAUUCAAUUGGGAUUUCUCAACACAUGGCCUUUACUGGUUGAACUUGAUGAACUGGACAGGAGGAUAUUUAGUCCCAUUUUAAUGUUUUCUAUUCUGGGCAGUAUUAAAUGUCUUAUUUUUGUAUGUGGUGCAAUAUAUAAUAACUUAAAUAUGCAACCUCAUUGGUGUGUGGAUUCAAUCGAUCAUGUCUUAUUUAAAAGCCAAUUUGUUUCUGUUUCUCUGGAUUAAAUAGGGAGUAGUUGUCUUUGCUUACUCAAAUAUAGAGAUAAUACUAUAUAAGCUGGCCUCCUUAAUUACAUCCACCACCCUCUAUAGAGAUAGUUAUUUAUUGUGUGAGAGCAAUAGUUUCUUUCACCUGUGUAAAUCAAGUGUUUUCAUAUCUCACUGCUAACUUAUUUUAUGAUAAAUUUGCUUUCUUGUUUAAUUCAGUUCUAAAGGACAUGUAGAAUGUGUGAUUUAUUCAGUAUCACUCACGCUAUUACAAGAUGCUCAGGAGUAUGUUACUGUGAUAAACUUCAUUAGCAUAAUGUCCAGCAGACAUGUUCCACUGUGCCUGUUUCCGUCUUUGUUUAAAGUCCGACACAUGUUUGCUGAGUCUCUAACUUUUAUUUUACUUUUCUCUAAAAUGUAUUAGUUGGUUUUCAUGCUGCUUUUUUUUUUGACUACUAUGUGUACAUAAAGUUUGCUGCUUAUCUUCGCUUUUGUAUAGAAAACGAGUUGGAGAAAAACAACUGAAUGAUAAGAUUAACUCAAGAUCUAAGCACUGUCUAUUUGUAUAUUAAAGUAGAAUUAUUUAUUAAAAUUGAUGUAAUUAUCCUUAAA